AUUGCCAAUUCUCUAUUUUGGCUGUGAUGGUGGUUGUUCAGCUCCAAAGAGCCUUUGUCGCAUGGCAGCAUGUCCUUUCUUGAAUCGGCAACAAGGAAGCUGGAAUUUCUCUCUCUAGGGCGUAAAGGAGCUGGGCGGACAUUGGGGUACUGUUCCUGCAAUCCUUCCCUACUGAUUUCCACUCCAUUUUGAGGUUGUUUCCGACUGAUUUUUCGAACCGAGGGUACACUUUUUUGAUUGCUCAUCAUAUGGUGUACCCAAUUUCGGAUUUUUUGAGACCAACUCUUGGCAAUCUAAGGCCAACUCCUGCGAUGCUACUGUUCAUCGUCGACAUUGGAGUUCCGAUUCACAGCGUUUUAAGCCAAUUUGAAGGUCAAUCUUUUCGAUUAUGGACCGUUUUUGUUUGCCCUAACAAGAGCAGCCUCAGCUUAUUUGCUGCAUCGUCGUCUUCAAGCUCUCGCCGAAGAGCUCCACUUCGAAGGUACUACUUUCUCUCCACUCUAUUCUUGCUCCCUCUUGCCUGUAUAACGAUCACUCUCCGCGACUAGUAUGCUAUCACAUUCGCAAUUUCCGCAUCCAGCAUAUGCUGUUUAGAUGGCAAUUUGGCAUGCCAGAUUCUCACAUCGUUUAUGAACUCGUGCUUGUAUCAGUAUAUAAUUUUCCUUGAUGUAGCGACAAUGAACGAGUUUUUUGUUCGAUUGCACAAUGGAAGAUUUCGAGGAAGUUUUCUUUUGCGUUUACAUGUUAUAGAUUCAAUGAGUUUGACAGAAGUGAAAUUGAUCAGUAGCAAAGCGGAGUUUUUAAUCCAUAAACUCACGGGAAUGCAUUGCCUACCACUAAAUUAUUACUGUGGCU